CAAUCAUAUUAUAUAUUAUCAAGUAUAUUUCUAUGUCAGGUAGCUUUAUAUCUACGUGUAGGGGCGACCGGAGAGGUAGGUUUUUGCGGUGGGUCUCUGAUUCACCAGCAGUGGGUGAUGACAGCCGCGCAUUGCUGCUUCCAUGGCGACGAGGAAGUGACGCAUGGGCAGGCUAUUUUAGGAGCCCAUUCGUUGUACGAUCGUUACGAGAACGGUCGUCGACUGAUCACCGUAGAAGAAUUCAUCGUCCAUCCAGACUGGGACCAGAAUACUUUUGAGAACGAUCUCGCUCUAUUGAAGCUAGCCAAUAUUAUUCAAACUUCUGAUACAAUAAGCGUUGUCCGUUUGCCUUACCUAAGCACCGUGUCAUCUAAUUUUGCCGGUCUCGGCGCAAUCACAUCCGGCUGGGGAAUUGCUUCAGAAGGAAUUACAUUCAUUUCUCCAACUCUCCGCGAGAAGCAAUUGACCGUGAUCACAGACACUCUUUGCAACACAUUAUAUUUCCACAAUUUGCCGAGCAACGUGAUUUGUGGAUUCGGUACAACUGCUGGUACUUGCAAGGGCGACAACGGCGGUCCAUUGACGAUAUUUUCGAAUAUAACGGAAGAAACAAUUUUGAUCGGAGUGGCAUCAUUCAUCGCAGGGGAGGGAUGCAACAACGAUAUGCCGUCCGUAUUUACUCGCGUGCAGCAUCGCUUGAACUGGAUAAGCAAUAUUACGGGCAUUAUCCUUAUAUUUUGCUUAGUAGCGGCAGUUUCCGCCACUGUUGAGGUGUCUACUAACUACCACAUCGAUAUCGGUAUCCCGGAGGCGACUAGGAUAAAGGAACUCGAAGACAAGAUCUUAGCUAACCAAAACAAUGCUGAAGGCAGGAUUGUUGGUGGUGUUGUAGCGCCUCCGAACGCACAUCCUUAUUUGGCUGGCCUGCUGGUCACCUUCUUCAAUCACCCGGGAACCUCUGCCUGUGGCUCAUCAUUGAUCAGCGCUGACCGGCUGGUGACGGCCGCCCACUGUUGGGAUGUUCGUGGCUCUCUUUUCGUUCGACAAUUCCUCGUGGUACUGGGUUCUCAAUUUUUAUUCAGCGGAGGCACAAGAAUACCAACAUCAAAUGUCGUUAUUCACCCCGAAUGGAAUGCUGAUUUUUUAACAAAUGACGUAGCUAUUAUCUUCUUACCGUACCGUGUUUCCUUUUCAUCUGCAAUUCAACCAAUUGCUCUGCCUCACAACAAUUUAUGGGACAGUUUCGUAGCAGAAACGGCCACUGCAGCUGGAUACGGCAAAACAAAUGAUGCUCAAGCAGGUGUAUCCGUAAAUUCGGUGGUGAGUCACGUUAACCUGCGAGUGAUCUCGGUGCAACAGUGCCGGAACGUAUACGGCUGGGACUUCGUGCAAGAAAGUACCCUUUGCACGGACGGUUUUGGCGGGAUCGGCAUCUGCGGUGGCGACUCUGGUGGACCUCUUGUCGUCAAUCGCAACGGACAGAACAUCUUGGUGGGUGUCAGUUCUUUCGUACCUCGAGCUGGCUGCCAACUCGGUCACCCAUCUGCUUUCGCCAGAGUCACUAGCUUCUACGAUUUUAUAAUGCAGUACAUUCGCAAAAUCGUUGUUGCGAUAGUACUCGCGUACGCAAAACGCGCGUUGUGCUCCGCUGAACGACGCCAUUGCACUGAAUUCCAACUAGCCGCUCUCGCGCUUAUAUUUUGCUUAGUAGCGGCAGUUUCCGCCACCGUCGAGGUGUCUACUAACUACCACAUCGAUAUCGGUAUCCCGGAGGCGACUAGGAUAAAGGAACUCGAAGACAAGAUCUUAGCUAACCAAAACAAUGCUGAAGACAGGAUUGUUGGUGGUGUUGUAGCGCCUCCGAACGCGCAUCCUUAUUUGGCUGGCCUGCUCGUCACCUUCUACAAUCACCCGGGGACGUCCGCCUGUGGCUCAUCAUUGAUCAGCGCCGACCGGCUAGUGACUGCCGCCCACUGUUGGGACGUUCCUGGCUCUCUUUUCGUUCGACAAUUCCUCGUGGUACUGGGGUCUCAAUUUUUAUUCAGCGGAGGGACAAGAAUACCAACAUCCAAUGUUGUUAUUCAUCCCGAAUGGAAUGCUCAAUUCUUAAGAAAUGAUGUAGCUAUUAUCUACUUGCCGUACCGUGUUUCCUUUUCAUCUGCAAUUCAACCAAUUGCUCUGCCUCACAACAAUUUAUGGGACAGUUUCGUAGCAGAAACGGCCACUGCAGCUGGAUACGGCAAAACAAAUGAUGCUCAAACAGGUGUAUCCGUGAAUUCGGUGGUGAGUCACGUUAACCUGCGAGUGAUCUCGGUGCAACAGUGCCGGAACGUAUUCGGCUGGAAUUUCGUGCAAGAAAGUACCCUUUGCACGGACGGUUUUGGCGGGAUCGGCAUCUGCGGUGGCGACUCUGGUGGACCUCUUGUCGUCAAUCGCAACGGACAGAACAUCUUGGUGGGUAUAAGUUCUUUCGUCGCUCAAGCUGGCUGCCAGCUCGGUCACCCAUCUGCUUUCGCCAGAGUCACUAGCUUCUACGAUUUUAUAAUGCAGCACAUGUAA